GAGGAGGCGUACCUCCGCAAGGCGCACCCGACGCUGGACGACAUCCCGGGUGCAUGUUGCCCUUUGACGACUUUCUCUCCAGGAACACAGCUCACCUCACUCUGCCGCUACGGCCACCUGUCCGUGUGCGGCCUGAAGCUCGCCGAGUUCAAGUCCUUCAUGUCGCUCAAGGGCCUGCACCCUGAGGAGCGCCGCGAUGUAUGGAUCCCGCGCCGCGCGGAGUGGCAGGUGCGUCGGCGGAUGGAGAAGAGUAGUGAGGAUGUGAUGAGCGAUUGCCACAACGACUUACCACUGUCCGACUUUCCUGCUCGGGUCAAGGACUCGGCCCUCGGGAAA